AUGAAACUAAUUUAAAUUGCAAUUUUAUUGUCAUUUUUGACAAUUUUAUUGAGCAAAAGAAUUCACCUAAACGAACAGACACAAUAAUGCAUAAGAGAGAAAUGUCCAGAAUAAUUGAAAUUAUGCUACGAUGACAUGGCCUGUCAAUUACAAUUAAAUAAAUGCAGACCCAAAGUCGACAAGCCUCCCAAAUAAGGUAGCAAGAGUAAGCCAUUCUCAAAUGUACUAUGUAAGACAAAUACUUAUCAAUUAUUAGCCUGCCUGAAAAAGAACGAUAAUUCGUACAAUUUGAUUGACUGCGCAUAUUCAAAUUGUGAAAAGAGUUCCCAAUCAUAAUUAUAUGAGUAGUUAUUGAGUAAUAUUUGA